GAGAUAGUAUUGUCAUUUAACAAUAUUAAAUCUCCUGACACUUAAAGAAGAGUAUCUUAAAGAGUGUGUUAAGUUUCACAGAUUUUUCAAUUUGGCAAUUUUGCUUCUGCUUUUGAUUUCUAGUUUUAUUCCAUGUGGUAAGAAAGGAUACAUUGUAUGAUUCAAUCUUUAAUAUGUACUAGGCUUAAUACCUUGGUGAAAAAAUAAUCUUACAACAAACCCCCAUGACACAAGUUUACCUAUAUAACAAACCUGUACAUAUAAUCCCAAACUUAAAAGUUAAAAAGAAUAAGAGUUGCUUUGUGUCCUAACAGGUUGUCCAUGAAACAACAACUACCCAUUUUCUCCACUUAGCCCCUGACACAGUUCAGUCUGUUUUCUGUUUCUAGGAGUUUAACUACUUUAGGUAUCUUACAUAAGUAAAAUUGUAUAGUAUUUGUCUUUUUGUGCCUGGCUUCUUGCACAUAAAGUCUUAAAAAUGUAUUUAUUGUGAAUAUAACAACAUUUUCUGCUUUUAAAAAGCUGAAUAAUAUUUAAUUAUUUGUAUAUUUGAAAUGGUCUUUAUUCAUUUAUUAAGUUGGUUCUUUCCACUUACUUGCUUCUGUAAAUAAUGCUACAGUGAAUAUGGAUGUGCAGAUUACUCUUCAUUUGAUAAUAUAUGCAAGGGAUUAUUGAUGUGCUCUGUUCUGUUUCACUGGUAUUGUCUCUUUUUAAUCCGGUUAUAAACUAUUUUGAUUACUAUAACUUUAUAAUAGGUUUUUAAAAUCAGGGUGUAUGCCUCCAAUAUUUCUCUUUUUGACAAUUGUUGAACAUUUGUGGUCUCUUUAGUUCUGAUAUAAUUUUUAGGAUUGCUUCUUACAUUGAUGUAAAAUAUGUAUAGCCAUCAUCCAGAGUAUACCACCAUUUCCUUCAGCACUCUGUCAGGGAAGCCAAACCCCAUCUUUGGAUAGCCCCUCGGAAACCAGAGAUGUGGACACAUACUCCACACUUCUUUCUCUCCUGAGGAAGAAACGUAGAGUUGGGAGUUUCUCCUGGUUGUACCAUGCUGUAUUGAGAGAAGAUAAGGCUGUGCUGGGCACAUGUAAUAAAAUUUUCCUUCUCUUCUACAUGCUUUUGGCAUGGAUAAAGCUACAGCAACUGAAGUAGUACAAAUUCUUAACUGUGUUUUGGAAUUCCCACAAAGGCAAUGUGAUCAACAUGGUGUUAAGUUCAUAUAUCAUGAAGAAAUGAAGACCAGUGGUCUUUUUUUAAGCUUUGCAACUUAAAUUUAUAUAUACUUUUUUAUUUUUAAAUUUUAUUUUUUAAUUUUUGUGAGUACGUAGUAGUAGCUAUAUAUAUCUAUGAGUUACAUGAGAUAUUUUGAAGUAGCCAUGAAAUGCAUAAAAAUCACAUCAGGGUAAAUGGUGUAUUCAUUACUUCAAGUAUUUAAUCCUUUGUUUACAAUCUAAUUACAUUCCUUUAGUUAUUUAAAAAUAUACAAUUAAACUGCUUUUGACUACAGUUACUCUGUUGUACUAGCAACUACUAAAUCUUAUUCUAAUUAUUUUUGUGCUCAUUAACCUUCCCCACUUCCCACCAACCCCCCACUAUACUUUCCAGCCUCUGGUAACAAUUCUCUCUCCCUCCAUGAACUGAAUUAAUUUAAUUUUUAGCUCCAGCAAAUGUGUGAGAACAUGCAAAAGAAACUGGAGGAAUCAUAGUAUUUGACUGUAAAUGAUACUACAGAGCUAUAGUAAUUAAAACAGCAUGGUAUUGAUCAGUGAAACAGUAGAGAGAAUGCAGAGAUAAAUCCAUAUAGCUAUAGCAAAUCUAUUUUUGACAACGGUUUCAAGAAUAUAUAUUGAGGAAAGGAAUUUAUUGAAUAAAUUAUGCUACAGAAACUAAAUAUCCAUAUUCAGAAGAAUGAAGCUAGACCCCUAUCUCUUACUAUAUUAAAAAGUUAAAAUGGAUUAGAGACUUAACUAAGACCUAAAACUAUGAAAGUACUAUUAAGAAAACAUUGUAGAAACUCACCAGGAAAUUAAAUGGGGUAAAGAUGUCUUGAAUAAUACCCUGCUGGCACAGGCAACCAAAGCAAAAAUGGACAAAUGGAAUCACAUCAAGUUAAAGAACUUUUAAACAGCAAGUGAAACAAUCAACAAAGUGAAGAGACAACAUACCAAAUGGAAGAAAAUAUUUGCAAAUGGCCCAUCAGAAAAAAAACUGAUAACCAGAUUAUGUAAGGCACACAAACAACUCUAUAGGAUAAAAUUUAAUAAUCUGAUUAAAAAUGAGCAAAAAAUGUGAAUAGACAUUUCUCAAAAGAGGACAUACAAAUAACAGUGCAUGUGACAAGGUGCUCAACAUGUGAUCAUCAGAGAAAUGCAAAUCAAAAUGACAGUGAGAUGUUAUCUCAUCCCAGUUACAAUGGCUGUUCUCCAAAAGUCAGGCAAUAACAAAUGCUGGUCGAGUUUCACCAAGGACCCAUCCCUGUCUGCCUAGGAGUUUGUCUUUUGUCACUAUCAGUAGGACUGCAGUGGGUCAGACCUGAAACCAGCACAGCAGCUGAUCACACCCAAGCUGCGUAUUCUUAUUACAACCAAGGCAUUUUACCAGAGCAAGGCAUAGAAGAUUCAUUCAAAAAAGCAACACUGGGAAGAUAUGGGAGCUGUGGCCUUGAAAAUAUAUGCUUAUGGAAAAACUGGGAAAGUAUAGGUGGCGGUGAAGGACAAAAAGAAUGUUAUAAUCUAUGUAGCCAGUAUUUGACAACUAGUCAUAACAAACAUUUAACUGUGAAAGGAGACAAAGAACAUAGAAUAUUUCAGAAGAAGCCUCAGUUUCUGUCAGCUGCUCCUACAGAACCAUGUAUUCCUAUGAAUAAAUAUCAACAUCAAUUUUUGAAAUCUGUCUUUUGUAAUAAAAAUCAGAUAAACUUUAACCAUGACUCAAAUAUUAGUAAACAUCAUAGUACUCAUUUUCUAGAAAACUAUUACAAUUGUAAUGAAUGUGAGAAAGUAUUUUACCAAUCCUCAAAGCUUAUUUUCCCUGAAAAUAUCCAUAUUCAAGAAAAGCCUUACGACUCUAAUGAAUGUGGUGAAACUUCUGACCCAUUCUCAAAACUUACUCAACAUCAAAGAAUUUAUAUUGGAGAGAGCUCACAAAGAUGUAAUAAAAAAUGUAUAAUAGUCUUUAGUCAAUCACAUCUAAAGAGACAUAAGAUAAUUAACACUGGAGAGAAAUCAGUAAAAUAUAAAGAAUGUGGCAAAGCUUUUACCAGGGGCUUACAUCUUGGACAUCAGAAAAUUCAUACCGGAGAGAAACCUUACAAAUGUAAAAAAUGUGACAAAGCCUUUAACAAGAGCUCACACCUUGCUCAACAUCAGAAAAUCCAUACUGGAGAGAAGCCUUUCAAGUGUAAGGAAUGUGGCAAAGCUUUUAACAGAGGCUCAUACCUUACUCAACAUCAGAGAAUCCAUACUGGAGAGAGAGCUUUCAAAUGUAAAGAAUGUGGCAAAGCCUUUAACAGGGGGUCAUACCUUACUCAACACCAGAGAAUCCAUACCGGAGAGAAACCUUUCAAAUGUAAGGAAUGUGGCAAAGCCUUUAAUAGAAGCUCAUACGUUACUCAGCAUCAAAGAAUGCAUACUGGAGAGAAACCUUUCAAGUGUAAGGAAUGUGGCAAAGCUUUUAACAGAGCUUCACACCUUACUCAACAUCAGAGAAUCCAUACUGGAGAGAAACACUUCAAAUGUAAAGAAUGUGGCAAAGCCUUUAACAGGGGCUCACACCUUACUCGACAUCAGAGAAUCCAUACUGGAGAGAAGUCUUUCAAAUGUAAAGAAUGUGGCAAAGCUUUUAUCUGGGGCUCACACCUUACUCAACAUCAGAGAAUCCAUACUGGAGAGAAAUUCUUCAAAUGUAAAGAAUGUGGCAAAGCUUUUACCAGGAGCUCACACCUUACUCAACAUCAGAGAAUUCAUACUGGAGAGAAACCUUUCAAAUGUAAAGAAUGUGGCAAAGCUUUUAACAGACGCUCAACCCUUACUCAACAUCAAAUAAUUCAUACCAGGUAGAAACCCUGCAAGUGUAAAGAAUGUGCUAAAACCCUAAACUGGUGCUCACACCUUACUCAACAUUAGAAAAUCAAUACUGGAUAGAAAUCCCAUAUGUAUAAUGAUUUUUGAAACAUCAAAAUGAAGUCUAAAUAAAAAUCAGAAGUAUCACUUUAGAAAGAACUAAAGUGCUAGCACUUCUGUAAAUUACUCUGAAUCAGUGUGUUUAUUAUAACAAAUAAUUCAAACUCAAUUAGAUAAUUAAAUUGUAUGUUUAAAAAGAGUGACGACAUUGAUAGAGAGGCAUAAUUAUAUUCAAUGUUCACUUAUUUUUGUAAUCACAGUAUUCAUGAUUGAGAAAGUAUUAUUGAUGUAAUUAAAUUCAAAUUAACCUUUUUUUUUCCCCACUGUGGUUGAUUAUUGCUGUCUCUGACAUGAGAGUCCCUUCUAUGUUAGGUAGGCAUCAUUCACAUGUCUCAUGACAUCAUUCACAAGUUUCCCAUGGAAGACUAAGAGCAUUGGCAUAUAGGAUGUAUGAUGAAAUCUAAAUGGAGUUGCUCUUUUGGUUUGACUUACAACAGUGAAUAUAAGUCAUAUAUGAGUUAGGUGUUCAGAAUAUUAUUGUUCUGCAUUAAAGUGUGAGACAGAAACACUGAGUUUUAGAUAUGAAUAGUUUUACCAACUACCCAUUAAAAAGUCUUGCUAGUCCAUUAAUAUUCUAAUGUAUCUUCAUAGCAGCAAGUUAGAAGUCCUGACUAUUACUGUGAUAACAAUAAAGAAAUCAUUACAAAUAUCAGAGAGUGGUGCAAAUAACUUCUCUCUGGUAGAACAUAGAUUAUUAAUUCAAUCCUCUAAAUACUUAGGCUUAGUUUAAGAAAAGAGAGAACACUUUUUUUUAACAUAGGUUAUGGUAUCAGAAUAAGAAUGCUUUUUGAAUGUUUGCAGUCUAAUUUUGAUGAUUGAGGAAACUGGAUUUUGAAAUGCUUUAUUCAGUCUGUAAACUUAAUUUGUUUUUAAGAAUAAAAUGAAAUGUCUUUUAAUUUGUUAACACUGUUAACAUUAUUAUUGAAUAAUGUCUUAUCCUGACAAAAAUGUUAACUUAUUCACCUUGUUCAAGAUUCGAGGUAGUAAAUGGUAAUGAUAUACUAUUGGGUAUAUCUAGUUCAUGCUGUCUUUAGCAUUUUUUACCCUUAGUGGUAUUAAACUCCAAAUAGUUUGGAGAAUGUUGAUUCCAUAAGUUAUUACUUGUUACUCUAACAAGUUCCCCAAGGUGUGAUGAGUAGUUAAUUAGCCCUUAGCUAUUUUUGCCAAACAUUAGGUUAUUAAUUUACAAUUGUUUGUUUUUAAUGUAGGUGUUUACUGCUAUGAAUUUCUCUGAACAGUUUGCUGCAUCUCAUGUUUUGAUAUGUCAUAACUUCAUUUUCAUUUAUCUGAAAAUAUUUUCCAGUUUCGUUUUUUCUUUAACACAUUAAUUAGGAAUAUUUUUAAUUUCCAUAUAUUCGUGAGUUCCCCACAUUUUCUGCAUUCAUUUAUUUUUAAUUUCCUUUUACUAAAGUCAGGAAAAAUACUUUGGAUUAUUUUGAUCCUUUUAAUUUUAUUGACGUUUGCCUGCUGUAUGGCCUAGCAUAUGGUCUAUCCUGGAGAAUGAUUUAUGUGUACUUCUAAUUUUGAGUGGAGAAUUCUGUAAAUUUGAGAAUUCUAUCAGUUCAUAUUUGUUUACAGUGUUCAAGUGUUAUGUUUUCCUGUUGAUCUUCCCACUUUUUCUGCCCAUUAUUUACAUUGGAGUAUAGAAGUUUCUAUACUUUUGAUAAACUCCAAAUAAUGGAUUUGAUUAUUUAAUCUAUUCAUAGCCUGUAAUAUUAUCAGUAUAGUUGAAUUUGCAUCAGUCAUUUUGCUUUUUAUUUUUAUGUCUCAUGUAUUUUUCUUUAUUCUUUCUUUACUGCUUUCUUAUUACUUUCCAUGUAAUCUUUUAAUUUUUAUAAUUGUUCAUGUUUUUGAAGUUACUUCCUUGUUUUCUCUAGCCCUUAUAUACCUUAUCAGAAUCUGCUUUAUAUUUAUAUUAACUUAAUUCCAAUGAGAUAGAAAAUAUUACCACUAUAUAGCUUUUUUCCCCCAAUUUGGAUUGAAUUUUUUAAAUAUUGUCUUAAUUUAGUUUUAUUGUUUUAUUAAAAAAGCUAAACUUACAAAAUUGGUUGUAUAUUAGUUUAGGUGAGAUUGUUUUGUAAUGAGAAAAUAAUUCACAACAUAUAGAAAAUAAAUAAUUAUUAUUUUAAAAAGUA